AUGCCAUGUUUAAGUGAAAUUGUGGUCUUUGUUGUGACCUUCACUAUGUUCUUUCUGGGUGCUUGGAUAAAUGGCUUCAUCGUAUUGCUGCACUGUAUCACUUGGGUCAGAAAUAAGAAAAUUUCUUUUUCUGACUUCAUCAUUCUGAAUCUGGCUCUCUCCAGGAUCAUCCUGCAAGGGACACCAGUGGUGGAUAUUGUGUUAAAGAUAUGUUAUCCCCAUUUACGUCACAGAGGUUUAUAUGUGAAAAUUCUAGAUAUUUUCUGGUGGUUUACUAACAACUUAAGCAUCUGCCUGACCACCUGCCUCAGUGUCCUCUACUGCCUGAAGAUUGCCAACUUCUCCAACCAGACCUUCCUCUGGCUCAAGAGGAGGGUUUCUCAUGUGGUUGUCUGUAUUCUUGUGGGGUCUGUGCUCUAUUCCUUCACCAUAUUGUUACUGAUUCUAAAAUACCACGUCUAUUCUACCAUGAAUCAAAUGAUACUCUCAAGAAACCACACUGAAGAAAUCAAAAGAAUAAAAAUGCACUAUUUUCUCUUACAUUUUCUUGGUACUCUCUGGUCAAUCCUUCCACUCUCCUUGUCCCUGGUCUCCUCUGUCCUGCUCAUUCUCUCCCUGGUGAGACAUACCAGGCAGAUGAAAUAUCAUUCCAUUGGCACCAGAGACCUCAGCACCAUGGCCCAUGUGAGAGCCACCAAAGUCAUCCUCUCUUCUUUCAUACUCUUCAUUGGAUACCUCCUCGCCUUCUUUCUUGCCAUGUCUUCUUAUUUAUUUCUAACCAUCAAGAUGUCAGAGAUGAUUGCCUUACUGAUUUUCACAAUUUAUCCCUCUAUUCAAACCUUCACUCUAAUCCUGGAAAAUCAGAAGCUGAAGCAGGCAUUCCUCAGGAUGUUCCAGGUCAAAAAGUGGAGACUAAAAUGUUAG